AUGUACUGGUCCAUAUAUCGACCCCCCCCACCAAGAGAUACUAACGCGUCAAUAGUGUCCGGCGAAGCUCCUCAGGAGCCUGUUGUCUCCAAGCUCUCAGGUAACGUCUUCGAGAAGCGCCUCAUUGAGAAAUACAUUGAGGAGAAUGGAAAGGACCCCGUGACUGGCCAAGACCUCACUCUCGAUGACCUCCUUCCCGUCAAGACCGCACGUAUAGUCCGACCUCGCCCCCCUACUCUCACAUCGAUACCCGCACUCCUCUCUACCUUCCAGAACGAAUGGGAUGCAUUGGCACUGGAGACAUUCAACUUGCGUGAGCAACUGACACGCACACGUGAGGAGCUGGCCACGUCCCUAUACCAGCACGAUGCAGCCGUCAGAGUUAUCGCUAGAUUGACAUCCGAGAGAGAUGAGGCACGAGACGCCCUGUCCAAGGUCACUGUCGCCGGCACAGGAGCAAGCAAUGGCGACGCCAUGGCCGUCGAUGCCGAGGCCCUUCCGGAGCACCUGGUAGCAAAGGUCGAGGAGACCCAAGCUAGGCUGUCCAAGAGCCGCAAGAAGCGACCUGUACCUGAGGGCUGGGCUACCGUCGACGAUGUAUCGUCAUUCGCCGUUAGCAAGGAGAGUGCUUCCAACGUUGAGCAGCCCACGACGCUGUCGGUCGAAGAGGAUUAUGCAGCAGUUGGUGGUCUAAAGGGCGACGUCGCCAUCUACUCGAUCGAGGCAGACAAGGUGGAGAGAUCUUUACAGGUCAACGAGCCUGUGACCGAUUCCAUCUGGAAGGGUUCGAGGGUCAUUUUUGCGACGGCAAAGGGUUCAGUCAAGGUUUAUGAGAGUGGCAGCGAAGUAUCUUCUUUCUCGGACCAUGCGGGACCUGCCACCGCUCUCGCUAUCCAUCCGUCCGGCGACAUCCUGGCCUCGGUAGGCUCAGACAAGAGCUUUGUCUUCUACGACUUGGUCGCUCUGAAGCGCGUCACUCGCGUUUUCAACAACUCAUCGCUCACGGCAUGUGCAUUCCAUCCCGAUGGACACCUGUUUGCCGCAGGUACUUCUACGGGCGACAUCAAGUUCUACAUGACUGCUACCGGGGAGCAAGCUACUUCCUUCUCUCUCGGUGCACCAGUGCAAAGCAUUGUGUUCUCCGAAAACGGUUACUGGUUCGCAACUACGGCCAAGGGACAGACAACGGUGACCAUCUUUGAUAUUAGAAAGGAGGGUGAUGCUGCGCGUGCCAAGGUGAUUGAUGUUGGCGGUGCUGUGCAGGAUCUGGCAUGGGACUACAGUCAGCAAUUCCUGGCGACGGCUGGCCCUGCCGGGAUCACGGUGCAGCAAUACGCGAAGAGCAGCAAGAGCUGGACCGAGCUCGUUAGGAAAGAUUUCGCCGCCUCACAAGUACAAUGGGGCAAGGAUGCCCGACAACUCAUUGCGGUGGGUCAAAAUGGCAGCAUCGGGGUGCUGGCAGCGCAGUAA